AUGAAAAAACUGCCGCUAGGAAACCAAAAUCUUAUCAACCUAGACACCAAGAGCUUCAUCAGUUUUAUGGAAAAUCCUAGUUCUGUUUCACGAAUCCUGCAAGAACACACUGAAAUAUCCAAGAGAAUUAACACUGAAGGUUCCAAGAGUCAAGAAAGAGAGAAAACUUCAGGUGAUGUGAAGCUUAUAGAUUUUUUAUGUGGCUUUGGAAAGACAAUAACAAACAGUUUGAGCAGUGAUACCACCAAGUUUUUGUGCAUGGUCCAUCCCACUAGUGACAAAUUGUACGAAUUUUGGAACAUGAUUUUGAAAACAGGCAGCCGUGUGAUAGCCGUACUGGCAGCUGAAGAUGAAGUUAACAAUCAAUACUGGAGGCCAGAUGCGGAUGUUAAGUGCAAGGAGAUUAGGAUCAAAAUUGUUCGAAUUGUGAUGAUGGAUUCUUACAGAAAGACAACGCUGCAGUUGAAGCAAGACGGUGAAGUUAAGGAAGUAGUGCACCUUCACUACACCAAGUGGCCGCUGGAUAACAUAUCCCACUGUCCGAGUCAAUUGAUAAAAUUUAUAAGUAUUGUUAACAGUAUAAGUGCUGAAGAUAAAACUGAUCAAGGUGCUCCAAUAGUCGUCCAAUGCAAUGAUGGUGCUAAGUCCAGUGUGUUCUGUUUGCUAGAAAUGUGUAUAAGUGAAUUUAGAAAAAGUAAAGUUGUGUCUGUAGCAAAAGUUUUACUGAAAAUGAGACAAACCUACGGAAGUGGUAUCAGUGAACCUGAAGAUUACUUAUUUUGUUACAAUGCGCUAUAUCAUUUUGUUACGAAAUAUAAAAACUAA